UAUUCAGAGACACUGAAGUUGGGUGACUCCAACCUUAGAACUUCAUAUAUUCAUUGUCCUUCAUUGUCAUUCUCCAUGGUCAUGAUUUCUUGGUCCCCUUAGUUUACAGUUUGUUGAAAGAAUAUUAAUGAUUUACAGUGAUGGUUAGAUGUCUACAAACUUUGUUAUAUAAUGUUAUUAUUUUUAUCCAAGAACAUUCAAGUUUCUUCCGGGUUGUAUAAAAAACUCCAAAAACCUUCUCUUUUAUAUUGUUGCAAUAAACGUUAUAAAGGAGUUGCCUCUGUUCCUGGCACAUGGUGAUGCACCCGGAAAAGAGUAUUUUCCUUUAUGCGUCAGAGCUACAACAAGCCCCCUCAAGUCACGUUUAUUAGACGUUGAAAAGAGUUAGUAAUUAGAGCUUCGUUUAUUACGAAUUGUAGUUAAAUGUGAAGAAUGUGUGCUGCCUCGACAACUUUCUGAAGCGUGUGUUCGGCUUAGAAGUGUUCGUGCUGUGAACAUGCGUAGGAGGGACGGAACCACUUUCAUCACUCUAUCGGAAUUACACACACCGAUCGACCGCUUUGCUGCUGGAUGUCAUUUCUUUUUUUUUUUUUUACAGCCUGCCUUUUUCGUUACCAGAACGACCACGUGCUUUAUUCUCCUCUGUCCUGGUGAUUUCAGUAAUGUGCCAGUGUGAGUGUGUGUUUACUCUUAAGGUGCUCUUCCACACAGCGGCUUGUAUUGAGCGCGUCCGACUGCAUCCCUCUAACGCGACUCGAAGCGUCGAGGAGAAGCCACAAGAUUGCAAAUCAAAAUUCCAUGGAAAGAUAUGUGUGAGAAAGAAUCUAGGUGCCUUUGGGUGCAUGGUCCAUUAGAAAGACCCAUGCUGAAUAUGUCUGAAGAGAUGAUCAACUGUUCAAUUAACCACAACAUUCACCAAAACAUCUUUUCUGGAACCUACAUCCUGGUCUUAUUGGUAGGAUUUCCUAUCAAUGCCUACUCACUCUACCAUGCCUGGCUGCAGCUGAGGGCUCGCAAUGAACUUGGGGUCUACCUGCUUAACCUGACUGUGUCUGAUCUUCUGUACCUGGCCUCUCUGCCUGUCUGGCUGCAGUACAUCUUUAAUGGAGAUAACUGGAUAUAUAGUGAGUGGGCCUGCAAAAUCUGUGGCUUCCUGCUCUAUGACAACAUAUAUAUCAGCAUCGGCUUUCUGUGCUGUAUCUCGAUAGACCGUUACCUGGCUGUGGUCUACCCCCUCCGCUUCUCUGCACUCCGCACCAUGAAAGCAGCAGCAUUGGUUAGUGCUGUAGUGUGGAUCAAGGAACUUGCUGUAGGUAUAUUCAUUUUCCAGCACAAGGAGCUAAGCAUAGACAAGACUAACCAUUCAGUGUGCUUUGAGCACUACCCCAUGCAGGAAUGGGAGAAGCCAAUAAACUACUACCGUUUUCUUGUCGGCUUCCUGUUUCCAUUAUUAAUCCUUUCUGUCUCGUACUUCCGGGUCCUAAGGGCUGUCGGCAAGAGCGCAGGGACGCAGACGGCCCAGAAAAAACGCAUCAGAAGCCUGGUCACCAUCACCAUCAUCAUCUUCCUGGUGUGCUUUUCACCAUACCACAUCUUUCUGCUGGUGCGGACAGUCAUGGAAACCGAUUGCUCUUUUGUUGAGAAGAUUUUCUUCUAUUACCACUUCUCGCUCCUGCUCACUAGUUUCAAUUGCGUGGCUGAUCCAGCACUUUAUUGCUUUGUCAGUGAAAGCGUCCAGAACAGCAUCCAACAAGCUGUAGAGGCUUGUACCCAUGUUUCCUGCUGCUGCUCCAAAUGCGGGAGCAGCUACAACACAGACUCUGGCAAAGCAACAACAACUAAUGACAAUAGCACAAUUGCCCUUGUGGUCAAACUGCAGCAAACUAAGGUGGAACUGUGAAGUUAUUUAUUCGGGUUUGCCCAUUUGCCAAAGUGUGUUAUUUCUGUGUUUAUUUGUCUUCAUUCCAUCUGUGUGUAUAUUUUACUUAUGCCUUUUUUAGGAUACAUGCUUGAAUUUGUCAUUGUUGAACGCUUUUCUAUCUGUUUCAAUGAUGAGUAACUCUCAGGGACCUUUAGUUGAUGGUUGACAUUUGAGUUUUAAGGGAGGAAUUAGCCUUUUAAAAGUCAGACCAAGUCAGCUGACUAAGCCUACAGACUUCUCUUAAGGUACAUGAAUUUCUUCUUGAAGUUCUUCAACUUAGCAGAAAGAAAAUAGAUGUUUUCUUAUUUGCAAUAUGUUUACAUUCUAGUACGUACUACCUUUUAAUGCAUGUUUGGAAUGUAUGCAUUGUAUUCUGAGCGCACAAAUCUCUAAUAUUUACUAUAAGUUUAUAGAUCAGGUAUACUGUAUUUUAUUUUUCAUAAUAUUUAAUGUUUUCUUUGAUGCAGAGACAUUUGUAAAUAUUCGUUCAGUGUGUGUUACCAUACAAUAUCUACACAUUUUGAAAUCUUAAAUACAUUUCUUAAGGUAGGCCUCUUAGUAUGUGCAUGCAUGUGCAUUAAAGUAUGUGCCUCUCCCAAUAA